AUGAGUAUUGAUGAGUUUUUGAACUUUCCAGAUGAAAAUGUGAUCUAUAAAGUUUCUAGUGAUGAUAAAAUUAUUGAGGAGCUUGUUGGUGUGUUUAAUUCUGAAAAUGCUAAUGAAUCAAAUAAAACAGAUAAUGUAGAUGAAAAUGAUGAUAGUAAUGAAUUACCGAUUAUUAGUGCUAAUGCAGCAUUAGAAAAUUUGAAUAAUGUUAGAUUGUUUUUACUUCAACAAGAAGAAACUGUUGAGAUUGGUAGGCAAUUAAAACAAACAGAUAGUCUUGAAAAUUUUAUUAGAAAGAAAAAAAUUAGAUCAAUGAUGCAAACUAAUAUAGAUAUGUAUUUUCAUUAA